AUGUCCGACCUCGACUCCUUCACACUCCUCCCGCUGAAGCUGGACCCGCAAUCCAAAGCAGUGGGCAGUACCUCGUCCUCCCGCGCCCUCGAAGCCGAGCUCACCACCCUCAACCAGCUGCACCGCGCGCUGCUGGGCCUGGACGGCGGCGCCCCCGUGCCCCCGCCGCCCGUCCCCGUGAACCCCAAGCGCAGCGCCAACGUCGCCAAGCUCCGCGAUAGCGGCAACGGCGAGUACCGCAAGGGCAAGUACGCCGAGGCGAUCAAGUUCUACACACUGGGCCUGCAGAUGGCGUUGACCCGGCCGCUGUGGGAGCCGCAGCAGCUGGUGCGCGAGGAGGUCGCCAGCCUGUACGCCAACCGCGCGCAGGCGCACAUGGGCCUGCAGAGCUGGGCCGAGGGCGCCGUCGACGCCGAGGCCAGCGUGGAGGCGAAGAAGGUCGGCAAUGCCAAGGCGUGGUGGCGUCGCGGAAAGUGCUUGUUGGAGAUGGGCCGCCUGGAGGAGUCAAGAGAAUGGGUAGGCAAGGGGCUCGAGAUGGAAGGCGAGGAAGGCGAGCUGGUUGCGCUGCUGAAGGAGAUUGAGGGCAAGAUUGCCACCAAGGGCAAGACGGCGGCAUGA